GUCUUGCGGGAACUGCCGACAUCAAACAACAGAUAUGGAAAUUGUUUUAAGUUAAUUUUGGAAAGAGCAGUCAAGACAAGACUUUUAAGUUGAUUUUGUUGUUUGCCUUCGGCUGAAGGAGCAUCAUUACAAUGUCUCAAAGGCUGACCAAGAAAGAGCUCGAUGCACAGUUUGAGCUGUUCCUCAAAGAGUCUGUUUCAGAUGACUCUGUGGAUUUAGGCAGCUCUGAUAAACCAUGUCGAGAUAAAACCUACCACAAAUCAAAUCAGAAACCAGCUGUAUCGUGGUGGCCGGAUGAUGAGCAUGUGAGUGAGGCUGCGGCAGCAGGAGAACCUGCGAUGAUGGCAGCUGGGAACUUGAGUGAUGUGGGGUUGGAUACUCAGGAGGAGGAGAAUGAGGAGAAAGCCAGAUUCUAUGCUCAGCUCGAGGAAGGAGCUGUGGCGACUCUAGAUUACUCUGCGCUGAACAGAGAGUUGGACUCCACCAGUUCUACAGCAGCCACUGACCACAGGUGUGUGAAAGAUGCAUCAUUAGAGCAAAACAAAGACCAUCAGAGCAAUGUCAGAGUCACAGAGACUGUAGGAGAGUCUCGAGGUUCUCCACUUGACAGUAAAGAUUCUGAAGAGGAGGAGGUCAUGAAGGAGCCACUGGGGAAGCCUAAAAUGUCUACAAUUCUUGCAAGAGUUUCUCUGUAUGAUUCUUUGGAUGAGGAUGAAGACAGGCAGCUGAAGUCACUGAACAAAGGUCAAACAAAUGCUCAGAGUGGGGCUUCAGAUAUUGAGGCUCUUCAGGAAGCUUACAGACAGAUUCAUACUGUGGAGGAUUCAGAUGAGACCCAACAUGUAUGUGUGGAGGAGGAAAAGAAGAAAGACAGACCCGGCUCUUCACUGCUGCUUCCUCAACAAACACAACCGUCUCUACAAUUGGCUUCCACCGAUGAGUCAGACCUGCCAACUGCAGAGGAGCUAAUGAGGCCAGUCCUCCUGGAACAUGACCAAAUUAGAGGCUUUACCCUCCAGCCUGUCAGAUCUAUGGAACUCGACAUUGAGAAAAAAACCCAGUCUGUGGAAAGAACUUUCCCGGUUCUGACCGAGUCGGCGCUGAAGCAUCCAGGAAAAUCUGUCCCUGCUGCAGGACUAACGGGAACCUCCUCAGGACUGAGGAGCUAUGGGUCCCCAAGCCUUGAGCUGACUUGGACCGUCAAGGAGGAAGUGGACCGACUGAUGAAGGAUGAGAAUAAAAAUUCAUCUCAAACGUCUCCAAGGGGCAAGGCUAAGAAACAACUGGCUUCCUGCGGCUCCUCUGUUUUUCAUCCCGCUGCAUCUUCAGACAGAAGGCCGACUGUUGCUCCUGUGAGAAGCAAGACUGUCCAUGAGAGGGCAGUGAUGAACUACAGAUCAGCAAUGACCAAUAAAGCUGUUGCCGCGUCCAAAACCCAAUCCUUAAAAACUACAAGGAACCAAGACAAAGAUAAAGGAGAGACUGCAGAAUCAAGUGUGAAGGUGAGCAGUGAGCUGGUGGCUGUCCUUCAACAGCAGACAGACUCCAGCAGUGGUCAGAGUGCUGUGCAGGAACCCAAAGGUCCUGAAGAAAGCCGACUGGCACAGCCCCAUCCUCAGAUGAGUAUUCGAAGCGUGGAGGAAUUUGGUCAGAAGAAGAGACGUUUGGAGAUUGAAGGUCUUGCAACUGAUGAGAAACUGAAGGAAAUUGAUAAAGAAAUAAAAGAGCAAGAAAGACUUAUCAAAGGUUAUCAGCAGGAGAAUGAGAAGAUGUGCCUGCAGAUGAAGGCUCAGCAAGCCAAGAGUAAAGCUACUGAGGAGGCCAUGUUUAAUGAAACCCAGAGGCUGAUGAACGAGCUGGAUUUUACACGGGAAAUGCUGAAGGAAGCUUCACGGCCCGUAGGCAGUGUGUGUAUGAUGAAUCACACUCAGUCCAUCUCAGACCUGUUAUCUCAAAUCCACUCACUGCAGAGGAACGAGGCCAAGCUGUCUCAGGAGAACCAGAGGCUGAAGCAAGAGAAGCAGCUUCUGGAAGUCGACAUGAUGAAGAAGGAGAGAGAGGCGGCUAAAGACCAGACUACUCCUGCCUCAGAACAAACUCUGGAGCUGCAUGUUCUGGAGGACAGACACAGAGAGGAAGUGGCAGCGCUGAAGAAGAAGCUACAGUGGUUUUCUAAGAACCAGGAACUGCUGGACCAGGAUGUUGUCCGACUGAAGGCUGCUACAGUUGAGAUACUUCAGCUCAAAGAACAGGUAGAAAACCUGAAGAAGGAGGUGGUCAAAAGAAGUAACGAGCAACAAAGAAAGGCCAGAGACAGAUCUGCAGACACACAGAGAAUCAAGGACCUGGAGCGACAGGUGCAGGAACUUAAGCAGAUCCUGAGAACCAGAAACCCAAACUCGCUGCCUGCUUUGAUUUAUGCAGCAGCCACAGAUGUUAGCAAUGGCAACGCUGAACCCAGCAGCAUCAAUGCUCUGCUGGAAGCCAGAAUCCAGCGUCUGGAGGCUGAACUGGAGAGUCAUGAUGAAGAGGCAAAACGCAGCCUGCAGGCCAUGGAGCAACAGUUCCACAGGAUCAAGCUUCGCUACGAGCAGCAGAUCUCUGAGCUGGAGCAGCAGCUGACUGUAGCAGAACCUGGAUCAGAACCAUGGAAAUCUAGGUGUCAGUCUCUGGAAGAAAAGCUGCAGCAUGUACAAGACAGCCACCAGGAAACAGAGAAAUACCUCCGUGAUCAGAUUGAGUCUCUUCAGCAGCAGCAGCUCAAAAACAAGGAGCAGCCAAGUCCGGGUCGACACCAGCGCCAAGCCGAGGCCGCAUUUGGCGCGCGAAUAGAACGCCUAAACCAAGAGCUUGCCUCCAAGACGAAACGUAUUCAGGAGCUGAGCCGCACUGUGGAGAGACUGCAGAAAGAAAGGAGAAACAUGUUGUUUGCAUCAAGACCAGAACCCAGUUCUGCACACACCAAACAGCGCCAGGUCCAGACCAGAACCGUCUGUUCCACUGUCCCAGAGGGAGAAUCGUUUCCUGCUGCACAGUGUGAAAAGACCUACCAGCCGAUGGUCUUUACAGGAAGUCAUAUCUCUGAGGUCCUGCAGCAGAACGAGGCUUUGAAGCAGCAGGUGGAGCUGCUCCAGCUGCACAGGAAACAGGAGAAGGAGGUGCUGCAGGCAGAAGCUGUGCGAGCAGAGGAGGAGCUGAGCAAGCUGAAGGAGUGUUGUGCAGAGCAGCUGUCAUCGAUGAGGAAGGAACACCUCAGGGUGCUGGACCAUCUGCAUGCCACUCACGCCCUGGAGCACUCAUCCUCAAAGGUUGCAGAACUGACAAAUGAGCUCAACAGUAAGGAGAUUGCAAUGAAACAUUUGCAAGAGCAGCUGAAAGAACUACAGGGAUGUAAAGAGGCCCUCAUAAUAUCCCAAAGUAAAGAAGACACUCUGCAGAAACAGCUAACGAAGCUGCUGCAGGAGCUGAAGGAAGCCAAGGACGCUCAGAGUUCUGAGGCGAGGCUCCUGUGUGAGCUGGAAAAGAAGAUCUUCAACAUGGAGCUGAGACACAAACACAGAGAGCAGGAGCUGCAGCAGGUCAUGGGGGGGUUGUGGCAGAUGUCAGCAGCUGAUCUUCAGUCAGAGGUGGAUCACUGGAGGCAUCUGGCUCAGGACAGGAGCAGAGAGCUGAAUGGUUUCCGUACUGAGCUGGACUCAAUUCUGGAUAUUCUGAGACAUCUUCAGAAACAGGGAGUGGCUCUCUCCAACCCUUGAAGUGCCGACUGCAGCCCACCCUGUCAACAACUGAAACCUCAUACUGACUGAUCUGUUUACAUCUCAACACGAGGGUUUGUUGUAGGUUCUGUCAUCCAAAACAUUGUAAGUUCAAAAUAAGUUUAAAAAUGUUUAGUUUUUUAAAUAUUAAAUGUUCUUUUCCACCAUCCAA